UGCGCCGCCCGUGCGGCCGCGGGGCUGGGCAGCGGCGCCGGGAACCGCCGGGACCCAGGCCUUGCACUCUGGAUUUGUCAGCCUUGCAGGCUUCUGGUCACAUCUCUUCUCGGCCAUGGGGAGAUCAGUAGGAUUUAACAUCUUUGUGGUCACCUGCAGCAUCCUGCUCUUGUCCUCCAGCCUGCCAUGCCUUGUAUCUCAGCCUCUGGAGGAGGGGGACACGACCAAGAUCCAGCAUGGCCCCUGGGCAGGGAAUGGGCUGGAAGAUGAAAGGAUUGGCAUGGUGGACUUGAAAAAUACCUUGGGCCCUUCUGAGCAGACAGUUUCUGAAGAGCCAUGUGGAGUGUCAGCAGAGCCGUCUGGGACACCCUUGCAUGAAGCUUCCACUGCAGAAGAAAUGCUCCCUGUGAGCCCCAGCCAUGUCAGCCCCAGCACCCAAGGCCUGGGUGACCACACCUCUGCUGGGGCAGUGGCUGCUGUGAGUGGGGAGGAGCUUGGUCCCAUGGAGUCAGAGCUGGAUGAGGAUGAUGCCCUCAAGGCCAUGCUGACCACAGCUGUGACCACGCUGAGCCCCCCUGGCCAGGAGGAGUCUGUGGGUGGCCCCAUCAGCGAGGUCACCACAGAGGGUGGUGUGGCAGUAGAGCACAGCUCUGCCAGCCCCUCAGCAAACCCCUCCCUUCCUGGGACAACUGUGGAGGAGCAGGAGGGGGCAGAGAGCAGCUCACACCCCUCAGCUGUGCCCCAGCCCACGCUGAGCCCCAGCUCUCCCAGCUGGGAAACAGCGAGUGACCACCUUGUUAUCCCAACCCCCCAGGCUCCUGGUGUGACCCCUGAGGUGGGAAUGCUGAGACCCCGCACAGGGAGCCCUCUGAAAUCCCUGGUUCCACCAGUGUCUGUGGCUGCCAAACGUCCCCUCGUGGUGACCGAGGCCUCCCUUCCCCCAGAAGCAGGGACAGGGGUCACACCAGGAGAGCUGCCCACCACAGCUGGCACUGUCACCAUCCACCCUGCGGACACUGUGCCACCUGACUGGGAUGACACAAAGCUGGGGGACAUCAGUCAAGGGGGAAGCACGUCUCAUGAGGAGGUGACAGAGGACCUGGCGACGACAAAACCAUCCCAGACCCCACAGGGAGGUGUGGGAGAAGAAGAGGAUGCAACAAGAGCACUGCCAUCCCCUCCACCAGAGCCUGAGCUUGCUGAGGAGACCAACUGCACAGUGCCAGCACAAGGAGAGGAACUGCCAGCAACUUCCACAGGCAGCAGUGGUACUUCCCACGCUGGGAAUGUGACGUAUGGAGACAUGGCUGAUCUGGACUCGCUGGAAAACACAAGUGCAGUCACAGCAGAGGAGGAGAAAAGCAUUCUGCCAUCACAGUCAGAGGCUGCUGUGGGGGCAGAGACUCAGCCUGAGCUCUCCCCUACUCUGGAAAGUUCAUGGGAAGGUGUUGCUCAGGAGGUGACAACAGUUGCCCAGGAGGCUGAUGCUGGUCUGUCAGUUGUGGCAGUGGUGCCUGGUGCUACCCAGGGAACAGGAGCUGCAAGCUUUCCCCAGGAGAACAGUGGGGAAGACACCCAGAUGCUGACUGCUCCCAGUGCCACCGAGGUGCUGGUGGCAACUGGUGCUUCCUCUGCGGUGAACACUCUGGAUGUUGAAGAUCUCACGGGUGAGAUCGUGGUCACCAGUGAGAAGGCUGUCCCAGCUCCUGGUGGGAUGCCUUCUACCCCAUCUGGACAGACAGAGGAACCAUCCAGCAGAACUGUGGUCCUGGUCACUCCAGCAUCCAUGGCCUCCUCUGCCAGGAGAACAGCCCUUCCCUCUGCACGGAGGAUCAGCACGGCCGUGACCUACGGGCUGGACCGCCUGGAGUCGGAAGAGGGUGAAGAGGAGGAGGAAGAAGAAGAGGAGGAGGAAGAAGAAGAAGAGGAAGAGGAAGAUGAGGAGGACAAAGACCUAGAUCUGAUGGAUGAAAGCAUGGAGGGCGACACGGAGCUGCCGGGUUUCACACUUCCAGGGGAGACCUCCCAGGACCCCAUAGCUGGCCUGGAAAACCCUGUGGCCCAGCUGGCUGGGGUGUCCUACCAGGUUCCUGACACCAUCGAGUGGGAGCAGCAGAACCAGGGUCUGGUGAGAAGCUGGAUGGAGAAGCUGAAAGAUAAGGCAGGGUACAUGUCGGGGAUGCUGGUUCCCGUGGGAGUGGGAAUAGCAGGAGCCCUGUUUAUCCUGGGAGCGCUCUACAGCAUCAAGAUCAUGAACCGCCGAAGGAGAAAUGGCUCCAAGAGACAUAAAAGAAAGCAGAGGGAGUUCAACAGCAUGCAGGACCGAGUCAUGCUCUUGGCUGACAGCUCCGAAGAUGAAUUUUGACCCGGACUGCGGUGCCCUUGUGACUUUUCCGAGGAGGGAGGGAGAGGGAGAAGAAGAACAAGUGACUCUGUGCUGCAUCCCUGCUCUCUCCACCACCCCAGGGCCCCAGCAGGGCUCAGUGCCCUGGCCAAGGCAUGCUACGCUCUUCGUGUCCCGCCCAGUGAUGUUUGUUUGAUACAAUAGUGGAGAUUUCA